GUUGAAAAAAAAAUCAAUUUUUUUAAUACCUGCGAUUUUGGAUAAACAUCCUUAAAAUCAAAACUUUUAAUUCUGCGUUACCACCUUAUUCUCUCCGUUUACAAAACUGUCGAGUCAUUUCCAAAACUCCUAAAUAGUAACUAGAAGUUUCGAUAUAUUAAGCAUUACAAACAUAUGUUGGUAAAACCCAGAGAAUUAUAAGCAGUAUCUCAUUGAUUAGAUAAAAACGACUGUUCCGUAUCUAUCCAUAACGGUACACUAUCUCUCCUUCUUUCUUUCACUCUCUCAACUGUGUCAUGGCUCGUUACCAUAUGAGCCACCGAAGAUCUCCGGCGUUCCAUUGUCGAACGACAAGUCCAUGUGAUCUUUUAUUGGCCGGAAGAAGCGACUGAGAGAUACGUAAGAAAGGCAUCAAGCACGGAGCUGUGUCGGGCAAUUAGUAGUGGGGCGCUUCAGUCACUCCACGCUGUGCGUUUGACACACAUUCAACGGAUGUGCUCGAGUUCAAGUUGAAAAAUGUUGUGUUUUAUAGUGAAAUAAAUUGUGUUCAAUGAUUAACAAUACCCACUCAUUAUCACAUUUGCGAAGAAUCGAAAAAAUUUGUGUUGAUUUGUUUUCUCGCGGGUUUUAACAUACAAUUGUUGCUUUUAACAUGAGUGGAGAAAGGAGUGGAAGAAGGGGUCAUGGGAAUGAGAGAGAAAGUGAGAAAUUCAUUCCACCUGACGGAGGGUGGGGGUGGAUGGUGGUUCUGGGAUAUGCAUUGAAUAAUCUAGUGAUGGUGCCAUUGAUAACAGGAAUGGGACUGAUCUUCAAAGAUCUGUUUAAAGACUUGCACUUUGCAGAACGCGAUGCAUCGAUCAUCAUGAGUAUAAAUAUGUCUUUUGGAAUGCUCAUGGGUAUAACUCAUGGCCCACUUCUGAGAAUGUUUGGAUACAGAAAAAUUGCACUCGCCGGAUCAAUCAUGUUUGUUUCUGGUCUCAUGAUGACUGCAAUAUCCCACAAAUUCACGCACUUUAUUGUUUCUCAUGGAUUCGUAACAUCUUUUGGAAUCAGUUUAACAAUGGCAGCUUUUUCUCUGGCAUUAAACACGUACUUUCUGGAGAAAAGAGGUCGUGCUGUGGCCCUUGCGAUGACAAUAACUGGACUGGGACCAAUAAUAAUGCCUCAGAUCAUUACAGUAUUGUCGAAUAAUUAUCCAUCUCAGCACGCUAUAUUUAUUCUCGGCGCGAUAGGUCUGCACACAGUAGUGGCGUCUCUACUGCUCCAGCCGGUAAAGUGGCACUCCAAACGCGGAGUCCGCGACUCCAAAGAUCAUGAAGAAACCGAACGACAACUUGCAAAAGUCGAAAAUCUCAAGCCUGAUUCUGUUAUCACCGAGAAGUUCGAACGAAAAAGAACGAUUUCUGUGUCAACUUUGAACGGAGAUCCUCGUAAUUCUGAUCUUCAGAAGCUGGAGGUCACAGAGGAGACGAAGAAGACGCAAGUGAUUUACGUUCGACGUGACUCUGUCCCAUCUCUGCGUGAUGGAAAUCCCAGCGUUCGGCAUUUUCAGUCGGUUCAGAAUGUCGGAUGCGCACAGCCUGAGGAAAGUAGAACGAGGCAUCAUUCACACAAAUGGUGGAGUACAGGGAAAAACCUCAAUGCCACGAAUAUCGGCAGCUGCCCCAUGCUAGUGGAUGAACCACUGUUCAAUCCCGCGAUAGCAACUCAUACUCUGAAAGAGGAUGAAGAAGUUGGGAAAAAUUCAGGAGGAAAUGAUGACGAGAAAGAGGAUGAUAAUGAAAUUUUAACAAAUGAAUUUUCUAGUCUGACUCAUCACGUUUCGUCAGAGCCAUCUGCUGUUGUCAAUAAUAAGGAACACCAUACAGUACAUUCCUCAAAAAAGAAAAAGCACACAUCCGAGGACAGCUGCUGCCCCUGUCUAUCCAAAAUAGUAAAAUUCUUCGAUCUGAGCCUUCUCUGUGAUCCCAUCUACGUCAAUAUAAUGUUAGGCAUGUCAAUAGCAACAUUUGCGGAGAUAAACUUUGCCAUUCUCCUGCCAUUCAUAUUGGAAGACAUCAAAUUUGAAACUAGUCAAUCAGCAACUGUAAUGACAACCACUGCAGCAGUUGACCUUUUGAUGCGAGGUGUUGCCCCAUUCGUGGGAGAGCGAGUGCGCCAGACAUCCAGGGUGAUGUACCUAGUCAGCCUAGCUAUGCUCAUCGGCAGCAGAUCGAUUCUCGUUUAUGCACGUAGUUUCACUGCGAUGAUAAUUAUGGCCAUUGGAAUCGGAUUCGCCAAGGGAUUCAGGUCUGUUUUCAUGACUCUGAUUUUGCCAAAUUAUAUUCCCAUUGAGAGACUGGCUGAUGCCGUUGGGAUUCAGAUGGUAGUCAAUGGACUUGUGCUCAUGGUUUUGGGACCAUUGAUAGGUAUCAUCCGUGAAUUACGAGGAAGUUACGACUUGUGCAUAGUCCUGAUAAACAGCAUGACAAUGCUCACAAUAAUUAUGUGGACACUCGAGGCAUUCCUGAUCCGAAUGUUCAAGAACCGACGGAAAGCCGAGAAGCAGUACCAAGAAGUUGCCCUAGCCGAAUGACUUAAAUACUCAUCGCAAAAGUAUUAAACCCUCCUUCGAAUCGAAAAUAUAUUCUGUACAAAGAGAAAAAACCGAAUUAUCGUGUCUUUAUUUUUACAUAAAACUCGAAUUCUCUGUGAUUAA